AUUUUAACGGACCAAACCCAGUGAGUCGUUACAACGGAGUCAUCACUUGACACACAGCAGACGUGUGUUCUGUGUUUUUAGGCAGCCAGGUCUUCAUGAUGUGGAGGGUCUCACUUAUAUUCUUUCUUUACGUGGCGGCUCAGGUGACAUCGCAGGAAACUAAAGUGGAGUGUCGUGAAUCGCUCGAUUUUCCUCCCAGCAAUGACAACUCUCCAUCUUUGCUGGCGGAUUUGAAAGCCGAGCUGGUGCCAAUGGGAAGUAAAUAUAUGAUUAACGUAAGCUGGGCAAUCAACAUUGAUGCUAGUAUCGAAUAUCUGAUAGGCACUCGUAUCACAGGUAGCGUAUCAGCGUACUUCUGUGAAUACAACCCACCUUUGGCCGAGACAAACCUCACUGGCUCAAAGCAGAAAUGGUUUCAUCAUUUAGUAAGCGGAUUCACUGGCCUCAACGCGAUCGGCGCUGCCAAUCUCCCUUUGCCACCACAUGGGAGUGGUCCGUCUUACAAAUAUACCGAUAUUGAAAUACCUGAUACACCACAACCAGGUAUGACACACCAAACCCCAAGUUCUACUCAAGUUACUACAGUUAAGAUCACUACUGAGAUUCCUACUUCAGAACCAAAAACACCAUUCACCAGCAUAGUGGUGGCAGCCAUUUUUGGAGGACUGGCCGGUUUGAUGAUCCUGACUACUUGCAUCAUUUUCUUGUUUUGUAACUCCCAAGAUAAAAGCUGUGGAACAAACUCCGCCACAUCAUUGAGUUUCGAAAGGUUGUCUACAUGUCCCAUGGUUCCUGUCUCUGUCCUCGUGGUCUACCCUGCUGAGAAUGUGGCCUUCCAGCGGGCUGUGGUAGCCUUGGCAGAGUUCCUGCAGUGGCACAGCGGCUGCAGUGUGGCUAUCGACAUGUGGCAGCAGGGGAGGAUCGCAGAGCUGGGGCCGAUGCGCUGGCUGGCAGAACAGGUCAAGGCUGCAGAGAGAGUGCUCAUCGUCUGCCCGCAGCCCUCUUCACAGCCCAGCCACUCUCCUCCCAGUCACAGCUCCCCAGAACCCACCAUCCCAGCUGCAGCUCAUGACCUUUACCCCCUGAUUCUCAACAUGGUGGCAAGUCAUGCGAAGAGUGCCAUAGAGCUGGCUCGGUUCUGGGUGGUGCAGCUGGGUGAGCAGAAGGACAAGAGGCCCAGUAACCUGCCGCUGGAACUGGGGUCCUGCAAGAGUUUUUGUUUGAUGAAGGACUUGAACAAGCUCUGUGAGAGUCUUUAUACUCAGAGGCAGGAUGACAAGAAGAAGACAUCAGAUCUGAUCUUAAGACCACGGAUUUCCUACAGUGAGAAGAGUACAGUGAAGUUAAGAGAAACUGUAGAAAAGCUAAGCGGACAUCAACCAAGCAUUCACGGAGAGGCAGAACCAUUGAAAUCUGUGAUCACCUCUGGUUGAACGUGUGUAAUGAAAAUGUUUAGACUGAUAUAGUUUAAAGGGUCAAUGAAUUAGUCAAAGAAAAGUGAUUUCAUUAUGCUGUUUUCUAAAAUGUAUUUUUUAUUCUAUUUUUUUUACUGACAUAGACCUGUUUAUUUUGAAUAGCAAAACACUGAGUUGAAUACUGCAAGGUGGAUACUCAGUAUUUCAUCUCUGGUAUGUAGCACCACCUACUAGUCUAUUUAUCCAUUUUGUUACAACACCAAAGUUGCCUAUUCUCGUUGAGGAGGAAGGUGUGGAAACCUGCCACUGACAUGCUCUGUUAGCGUUUCAUCUGUCGUCAUGAUCAUGUAGAAAUUGUAAGCUGCUUCAAGGUGGAUGAACACCAGCACAACAAAGUCUGUUACUUAAUAGAUGUAAGAAAUAAUUCAUUUACUGUAUUUGAUUGUUAUGAUGAUUUAAUCUGUAAGCUUUAAUUAAAGAAACCAGAAUACAUUUUCUAAUUAGCUACCAACUAAAGCUAAAGGCUAGAUGUUAUAUUUAUUACAUUAUAUCAUCAAAUCCCUCAGGAUUUUUUGUUUAUUUUAUAACUUGUGAAAUAUUAAUGGAAUUUUUUUUACUACUCUUUGGAAAAUGUACCUAGCUAACUUUUUUAAUCCAGACUCAGUUUAUAAAGUUGAAUGGUGGCUCAGUGGUUUGCACUGUUGCCUCAAAGCAAGAGGACUCUGAGCGCAAACCCAACCUGACCAACUGCAAAGUAGUUUGCAUGGUCUCCGGUUUCUGUCCACAGUUGGAAGCUAUAAAUUGCUUGUAAAUGUGAACAUGUUUUUUCAUGUCUAUGCUAUCCCUGUGAUAUACCGGGCAGAUUUUCAGGGUAUACCUUGUUUCUUACUGCUGGAUGUUGGUAUAGGUUCAUGCGCCCUGCAACCUUGAAAAGAACUGGUUAUAAAAAAACUGAUGGUUUAUAUUGUCCUUCGAAUUGUGUCAUCAAGUAGUAUUUGAAUGCAUUGAGAAACAUUAAUUAAAAUAUAAGCAUUA